AUGGAGAACCAAAUCGCCUUCGUAACUGGCAUUCCGGUUGCGAGGCGACCGGCCUUUUAUUCAGGCCACACUCCCACAAUCCGGAAGGACACCUCGAUGCCGAUGGUUGCAGUAGCAUCCAGAACCCGAAUUUCUGUGCCACGCGCCACUGCUGCAACGGGAACAACAUCCAAAAUGGCGGAAGCUCUGGAAUCUGUCCCUGUACAGUUUCGGAGCAGUCUUCUCGCUCUCCCAGAAGACGCGGAUAUUGUUGAGCUUGGUGCCCGCCACACGAAGAUUAUAGCAACUAUUGGUCCAUCCACAUGUGAUCAUGACAAUCUAUUGCGCCUUGCAGCCGGUGGCAUGAAUAUUGCUCGUCUAAAUUUAUGUCACGGCGAUUACCACUGGCAUAAAGUUGUCAUUGAGAACAUUCGCCACAUUAAUCUCAACACACCGUUUGUUUGCGGGACAAUGAUAGACAUUGGAAGUUUUGACAACGUCCGACUUGGGCAAUUUGCAAAAAACCCGAUUCUUAACACCGGCGAUUCAUUCACGCUUACCACGCGACAUGAGGCUGAGUAUGCAGAGGGCGUUUCAGAAGUCAGCAAUGAUGGGUUCAUAGAUAUCAUUGAAGAUGGCGAUUUACUGCAGUGUCAAGCGGAAGGUGGCGGUGUGGUUGAACUCCUAGUGAAGAAUGUUCAUGACAAAGACUGUGGGUGCGAAGUGGUAAGUCCUGGCGAGUUGCGCUCUAGAGGAACCAUCAACGUCCGAGGAAAGUCGCUCAACAUAAGCCCAGAUGUGAAUGGAGAAGACCUCAAUACUUCUAUCGCCAGAACAGUUCUAGGAUGCCCUCCAGAACAGUUGGAGUUUGCUAUUCAGGAGCGCGUCGAGUAUGUUGCGCUCUCGUUUGUUGAAUCUGCUGACCAGGUCAUUGCUGUGAGACGUUUGCUGCGGGAGCGCGGUGCCCAUAUCGGCGUAGUCGCGAAAGUAGAGUCUGCAAAUGCCCUCCGCAACUUGGAAAGCAUUGUCGCCGCAGCAGACGCAGUUAUGGUCGCCCGCGGAGACCUCGGAAGUGCAAUCCAAUUCCAAAAGGUUCCGUAUUGGCAGCAACAAAUCGCGGACACGUGCCGGAGGCACGGGAAACCUUGUCUCAUCUCUACUCAUUUCCUCGAGAGCAUGGUUUUGUAUCCCACGCCAACCCGGGCAGAGGUGACAGAUAUGACGGAGGCUGUCAAACAACGAGCGGACGCGUUAGUUUUGACAGCAGAAACCGCUAGCGGAAAGUUCCCAUACAAAGCGUUGUCGACAAUGAAUGCUGUGCUACUCAGGAUGCAGAAGCGCCUUCACGAAAUAGACGGAGAGGACUCUUCUUUGGACAUUCCCCCCCUGGUCAAAGACAAGACAUGGUGGACUCCAGGGGUUGGAGAUAUAGCCGAAAAUAUUGCGACAACGGCAGCAGUUUUGGCCAACCAACAAAACGCAGCAGCGAUUCUGGUAUUUACUCAAAAGGGAUUGAUGGCGACUCUAACGUCGCGGUGCAGACCUCAAGCUCCUAUUUUUGCGUUUACAGCAACACCAGUUGUCCGUAACAAACUGAAUCUCUUGUACGGUGUCCGACCAUUUCGUUGCCGUUUUGAAGACGAUCCUGAGGAAACGAUCGACAAUGCGAUGACUAUCCUUAAGAAUCGCAAGGCUGUCAAGGAAGGGCAAACAGUUAUAAUUCUAGCUGAUGUUCUUGGAGGGCGCGAGGGUGCAGGCGAAAAGGAAGUGCGUGCUGCGUUUGAAGAUGUAGCGAAAGGAAGUAGAUACAUCACGGCAUCAGCCGUGCGGAGCGCUCUUCGAAUUCUUGGUCUUAAGGUCAGUGACAAAUUGGAAGCACAACUCGGCAUGCGAGAUGUGGAUGUCGAAGAAGCUGGCAAGGAGAUGAAAAUUAAGAAUGAACAGCCCGUCGAAAACAAGUCUGACAAAGCCCUUGGGCGGUAUGACCUACCCCGCUUCUUCCAGUUUGCAUCGGAAGCGAAGGAGAUUGUGCACACGCUGCAGCUACGACUUGUUGAGUAGAGACAAUCUGUUUGGUAUCCAGUGAAAAGCGAGCGAUCAGUCAAAUUGCCGUCGGGAGUGCUAGCGCCUUGGGAAAGUGACCGGUAGCAAUCGCCAGUCGUAAGUUUAGUUAGUUACAGAUUGGUGCUCCGUAUUAGUGCGUUACUUGUUUGGUCAUAGGGUUCUUACAGAGGGGUAGUUGCCAUUCCAACAGAGACCUUUCCAAAUUUGCUCCACAGUGGUCUUGUCCAGCUUUGCCCGUUCUCGGAUCAUAUACUUGCGAAAGUGUUUAAUUCUGCUGGCAUCUCUAUUCAAGCAAGUAAUGUUCGUCUCAAUGGCCUCCGUCAUCUUUUGAUCAUUACCCCAGCCCUCAUCAAAAGCCAUUGCCAUA